CACACAGAGACCGGGGCCCCGUGCCCUCGUGCAGAGCGGAGCAAGGGAGCAUUCCGAUGGGUUGCAUCCGGAGGGCUAUGGUGACACGAACGACAUGGAUCGUACUGGGCGUACAGCUGCUUGCGGGACUGUGCGAGGGCUCAGCGUUCGCGUCAAGCGCCGCCGGCACGCCGACCCACGCGGGGGGGAGCAACGCCCAAGGAAAUGGCGGGAGGGCAGGGGCAGGGGCGGCGAUGUCCGCAAAGACCUCUUCGCUGCUAUCGUCCGCGAAGAGCGGCGUGAGAGACUUCUUCGCCACGGCCUCUUCCGCUAGCGACGGGUGA